AUGCCCCAGAACAUUUUGCAACAUGAGGGGGUGAUAAAAAGCAUAGGUUCAUUACCUGGGUUUUCCGCUGAAUACAUUCCCUUUCGCGCCCAGCACCAGAUCUUGCAGGUCAUGCAACAACAACUUGAACAGAAUCGCUUGCGGUCGGAUGGACAUGCCCGCAAGCCUUGGAGUUACACAAAGUCUUCCGUUUUCUUACAAGCUCAUCGAGAAAAAGUCAAGGACGAAUUUUAUCAGUCAACUCUAAGUGCGUUGAUCGGAUGGCGUGGCGUGAUCACUAGUAUCCGCCACGCGGCUGUUCAUCGCAUUUCACAGCAUCGAAAAUCACUACUGGAGCUAAUUCGCGUUGCCAUCAACUUUUCGCAAUGCACUGUUGGCCUGGAAGACUCUAAAAGUCUUUGUCGACUUCAAGUGUUCGUGAAGACCGGACUUUCGGAGUUCGACCAGCGGACAGCUCAGCUAAGGCAGAAAGCCACCCUCCAAAUCUCUCUGUGUGAAGCCCGCCCACAUCAUCUGGGUCGACGGUUGGCCUUGCUUCCAGAAGCUGUGAUCCAAGUCCUCCAAGGUGUUGAAGAUGACUUCGUCUUUAACGUGGAACAGUUUUUACGCGCCGAAUUCAAAAAUUCUUAG